CAGGUGUAGUGACGUUGGACAUGUAAUGAUGUCUCUCCUUCCCCCAACCCUCCUAACACUGUUAGACAGGCAGACGAUAGGAGAGGACACCUGUCGAAGUCUCGCUUUAACUAAUGUAUCUUCCAACAGGGCAGCAGUGAUUAUUCUACACUGUACUCGAGGAUCCUGACCUGCAGGAAUCAUGGUCCCUGUCACAGCCCUGAUCACUUUUCUGACUUGUCUGGUGCUGUCGGAGGCCCAACACGAGCCAGGCUACUGCGCUUUCUAUGAGGAGUGCGGUAUAAACCCAUCUGUAGAUAGCGCCUUAAUCACUCCUAUCGUCCCCUGUCUCAACUACAGUGCUGCCCGUCACCUCACAGGACUACACUACUUGAAACUCAAACAGGUGUGUCCCAUGUUGGACCGUGGACCGGUCAACACAUACGCCUGCUGCUCCAUGAAACAGCUGGGAUCCCUGCAGGAGAGUCUGGGCCUCUCCAAGGCUGUACUGAUCCGGUGCCCUUCCUGCGCUCAGAACUUUGCCCACGUGCACUGCAUCAAUACCUGCAGCCCCAACCAGAGCCAGACAGUAAAGAUCACAAAGGUGAUGAAUGUUACUAACAAAGACAACGAGACUAACACAGCUGUAAUAGGUUACCAGGCAUUCCUCACCACCACCUUCGCAGAUGCCUCCUUUAAGUCUUGUCAGAACGUUAGGAUCCCAGCCACAGGGGGCUUCGCCAUCGCCACCAUGUGUGGUCGGUACGGCGCCAAGCUCUGCACCCCCCAGUAUUGGUAUGACUUUCAGGGAGACUCCAGUAACGGCUUGGCUCCACUGGACAUCAACUUCAAACUGAUGAAAGAGGGAGACACCGAGGGGCUACCACCGGGCGUGAUUCCCUACAAUGGACAGGCUCUGAAGUGUAACGAGACCACACCGUCCGGAGGAAAGGCCUGCUCCUGCCAGGACUGUGAAGAGGCAUGCCCGAGGGUGCCGCCUCCUAAAAUGCCCCCCGGCCCCUUCAGACUUCUGGGCACAGACGGCUACCUCGUGAUUUCUAUCAUCUUAUUCUGCCUCCUGGUAUUUGCCUUCAUUUUAUACAUCUUGGUCGCUUUCUGGGUGAGGUCCAAGAAGAGAAAAGAUGAGGAGAAGGGAAAAAGAAAGGGGAAAGGCAAAGACCAGAACAGUAACGAUGUGACUCAGCAGAUCAUUCAUCCGUCAGAGGUGACGUGCACCGACAGGAACAGCUUGGCUGCUCAAACUUUCCUAAGCUUGAAGUUUCAGCAAUGGGGAACCAUCAUCGCCUCUUGGCCCCUCACGGUGCUCCUGCUGUCAGCUAUAAUCGUGGCUAUUUUCUCCGUCGGCCUCAAAGACAUUAGGCUUUCCACUGACCCAGUUGAGCUGUGGUCUGCUCCCAACAGCCGUGCCCGCCAGGAGAAAGAAUUCCACGACACACACUUCGACCCUUUCUUCAGGACGAACCAGCUGAUUCUGACAGCGCCGAGCAGAAAAGGCCACAUUUACGACUCUCUGCUGUUUGGGCCGCAGAACUUUAGCGGGAUUGUAUCCAAAGAUCUCAUCAUCGAGCUGCUGACGCUCCAAAAACGAAUCCAGAACAUCGAAUUCUGGUCAGAAGAUCUGAACCGCGUGGCAAGUCUGAAGGACGUGUGCUUCGCACCGCUGAACCCAACCAACUCCUCCCUGACAGACUGUGCAGUCAACAGCUUGCCACAGUACUUCCAGAACAGCCUGGAAAACAUUAACGCCAAGGUGAACAUGACGUCGCUGGGGGUAACCAAAGAGGUGGACUGGAGGGACCACUUAAUCUACUGCCUCAACUCUCCCCUGUCCUUCAAGGACAUCACUGAUUUAGGUAUGAGCUGCAUGGCUGAUUACGGAGCUCCAGUAUUCUCCUUUCUGGCUGUGGGAGGUUAUAAAAACGAAGACUACACCAAUGCCCAGGCUUUGAUAAUGACCUUCUCCCUCAACAACUUCCCUCGCAACGACCCCAAGUUCAAAGUGGCCAUGCAGUGGGAGACAGAGUUUCUUAAAAUCGUCCAAGAAUACCAGAACGACCCUGCCUGCAACUUCACCUUCGCAUACAUGGCAGAGAGAUCUCUAGAGGACGAGAUUAAUCGGACGACAGCAGAGGAUAUCCCCAUCUUCAUGAUCAGCUACGCUGUCAUCUUUGUUUACAUUGCUGUGGCCCUUGGGGAAUACUCUUCAUGGAAACGCAUACUGGUGGACUCCAAGUUUCUGGUGGGUCUGGGUGGGAUCCUGGUGGUCGGCUGUUCCGUCCUGGCCUCCAUGGGCUUCUACUCCUGGAUCGGCAUCCCGUCCUCACUGGUCAUCCUGCAGGUCGUGCCUUUCCUGGUGCUUGCUGUUGGAGCUGACAACAUCUUCAUCUUUGUUCUGGAGUACCAGAGAGAUGUAAGGAAGCCCGGAGAGAAGAGAGAGGAGCAGAUCGGCCGCGUCCUUGGAAACGUGGCUCCCAGCAUGCUCCUGUGCAGUCUCUCCGAGUCUGUCUGCUUCUUUUUAGGGGCCCUGUCCACCAUGCCAGCAGUGAAGUCCUUUGCUCUGUACGCUGCCCUGGCAGUGCUCAUGGACUUUGUCCUCCAGAUGACUGCCUUUGUGGCACUGCUGUCCCUGGAUGCCCGGCGCCAGGACAACAACCGCUGUGAAUUGUUCUGCUGUGUCAAAGUGUCAACCAGGCGUCCCAACAAGCCCAACGAGGGCUUCCUGCUGCCAUUCAUGAGGAAGUACUACGCCCCCGUCCUAUUGAACCGUUACACCAGGAUCAUAGUGAUGUUGGUGUUCAUCUUCAUAUUCUGCGGAUCCUUAUUCCUCAUGUUUCAUGUGACUGUGGGUCUGGAUCAGGAGCUGGCUAUGCCUAAGGGCUCUUACAUGCUGACCUAUUUCCAGUACCUGUACAAAUACUUCGAAGUCGGGGUCCCCGUUUAUUUUGUAACAACACGGGGCUUCGACUUCACCACCCGGGCGGGCAUGAAUGCAACCUGCUCCAGCGUGGGCUGCGAUCAGUUCUCACUAACCCAGAAGAUCCAGUAUGCCACAAAUUACCCUGAACUAUCCUACUUGGCCAUUCCCUCCAACUCCUGGGUCGAUGAUUUCAUCGACUGGCUGAACCCUGGAUCCAAAUGUUGUCGUCUGUACACGUCCGGUCCAAAUAUUGGACAGUUCUGUCCUGCAACUGAAACUAAAUACACGUGUUACCGCAGGUGUAUGACGCUCUCUCUUGAUGGCGUCAUCAGGCCCAAUGUGGAAACGUUUAACCGGUUCCUUCCUCACUUCCUGAGUAACAGGCCGGACCUGCAGUGCCCAAAAGGCGGUCUUGGAGCGUAUGACAAAGCUGUGGUGAUAGAGAAUGGAGAAAUUAUAGCCACUCGGUUCAUGGCUUACCACACACCUGUAACCAACUCUCAGGAGUUCACAGCUGCACUGGAGAGGGCCAGAGAGCUGGCCGACAACAUCACCAAGGGCAUGAGGAAAAUACCAGGCACCUCGCCGGACUUUGAAGUAUUUCCUUACACGGUGACUAAUGUUUUUUACGAGCAGUACCUGACGAUCGUGCCCGAGGGGCUCUUCAACAUCUCCAUGUGUCUGCUGCCGACCUUCGUGGUUUGCUGUCUGCUGCUGGGGUUGGAUCUGCGCUCCGGCCUGCUCAACCUAAUCACCAUAAUCAUGAUCACCGUGGACACCGUUGGUAUCAUGACGCUGUGGGGCAUCGACUACAACGCGGUGGCCCUCAUCAACCUGGUCACGGCAGUGGGCAUCUCUGUAGAGUUUGUGUCCCACAUGACGAGAUCCUUUGCACUCAGCACGAAGCCCACGCACGUGGAAAGAGCUAAGGAGGCCACGGCCAACAUGGGCAGCGCAGUGUUUGCUGGUGUUGCUAUGACCAACCUGCCGGGCAUCAUUGUGCUGGCGUUUGCCAAAGCGCAACUCAUCCAGAUCUUCUUCUUCCGGUUAAACCUGAUCAUCACACUUUUGGGGAUGGCUCACGGACUCGUGUUCCUCCCUGUGCUGCUCAGCUUCUUUGGUCCUGGUGUGAAUAAAGCAGUGCUGCUGCAGAUGCAGCAGGACAAAGCAAGGGCUAAGAAGGAGCUGGAGAUGAGAAAUCAGGCCUAUGAGAACAUGAGCUACGAAGACAACGAAAUGAAACAGAACCCAGAGUCGGCCUCCACGACGGCUCCCAAAGACGACAGCAGAGCGUCAAAAACCCAUCAGGAGGGUGCGAUUACCCAUUUCUGAACACCGGCAACAAAACUGUUGUCAAGCUCUGACGAGUAAAAUACCUCUGGGACGAACUGAACAAGGGUGGACACAGAAAAGAGAUAAGGAGUCGUGCGCAUGGCUCAAAUAAUUAACUUAACAGUGCACCUCAAUUAGAAAUAGCCAAGUGGGACUGCAAGAUAGCAACACACAGUUGUGCAAUAUUUCUGAGCAAAGCAAGAACGGACAGCUGCAAUGAGAGUCAACCUUCCUGUCUCAGCAUGUGGAAAACUACACGUUUGUCUUCACAACACAGGACGGGAACUCGAGGAAUAUUCUUGAAUUAGUUUGUUUUUCUUUUUUUCUUUUUUUAAAUGAAUGUAAUUGUUUUGUAUGGGUGAAUUAUUUAUAUAAUGUUUCACAUUGGUACUGUUUAGAGUGAUUCAAAAGGACACACUCCAGCAUUUCUUAUGAUAGUUUCUUCAAUAGCGGUAUGGUGGCAUUGCUGUAAAAUGUGCAAUCAGUGGAAAAAAAAGAAAAAUAUUAAAUGUGUUUAAACAUUUAAGUUAUUUAUGACACAAAAAGAGAUUCAGCACCAUAAAAACUAAUAAAAAAAAGAACUGUGACUGAUAGUUUGCAUAUGCAAUGAAAUAAAUUGUGCAGAUUUUAGUGUGUGAAUGUUUUUAUUUGCAUUUUGUUUUAGCCAGGUGGGUGAGUGCAGACACUUCACUACUCACCUUGCAGAAUGUUGUUCCGUCUUCUCCGUUUUGUCUGCAUGUUCUAGAAUAAAAUUUGUCAUUAAAACUGUCAAAAA